AUGACCCUCCUUAAAACUUCUACAAACGGCGAUCGAGUGCAAAGCAGAAACAUAUACAUGGCAUGUGUUCUUGUUUGUAUGAUUUAUUUAAUCUACACAUUUCUAAAAAGCCAUUACUAUGUAAACGAACAGGUGAAUUGGAAACCUGGUGUGGCCAAUAUCUGCAAAUGGAAUGAUUCUGUCAACAACACCAACCACAGUCAGUACAUCAUUCACCUAUGCUACAAUGGUGUUCUCCCUCACGAUCCUCAAACCAAGCCACCGACAAUCAACGAGAUGAGGAUCCGAUCCAACGGAAGCAACAUUUCACUGACUUUUGAAGAACUAGCUGGAAUACCCGAUGCUGAGUGGUUAAGACCAUUUGACGUAUCUGUGUACGACCUGUAUCCACAGGCCAUCCCCGCAAGGGAUUCGAUUCGAAGAAUUCUCCUGAGAUUGCCACUACUCGAGCACCCAAUCUACAAUCCCACUCUCCACUAUCUCCAAGUUCCCUCAAAGACAUGCCCUCCUCACUCACUCCAACAGCCUCCGGGCAACCUGGCCAACAAUGCCUCUCACGACGUCGUGAUCAUUUACAAAUCAGCAGUCUACAACUUCCAGGCACGACAACAACUUCGACAGCUCUUCAACUUCAGUGGCAGUGGUCUCGACGUACACGUGGUUUUCUCAGUUGGACUACCCAAAUCCUCAGGAGGCAACGUGUUUCAGCGUGAUGGAUUCAAUGUGACCCUUGGUGGACGCUCGGGUCAAUUGUACAUAGAUGACCAAGUAUACAGGAACAAGAUGAAGCGGGCCCUGGAUAAUGAGAUGCGCAGAUAUGGGGACUUGAUCGUUGGCAAUUACGAGGACACCUACUUCAACUUGACGCUGAAGAUGUUCUACACAUUUCAGUGGGCCGCCAGAUUCUGUCGACCCUACCACCCCACAUUCGUCUUCAUUGACGACGACUAUGCUUUCAAUACACGGAAGUUGAUGGAAUUUAUCCGCAGUAAAAGCCCACAACAACGCGAGACAUUGAACCAUGGUAUCGCCGGUGUGUCUAAUGCCGUUAUCCGUCAAGAUUCGCCAUACUUACAAUGGGCAUUUUCGAAACGCGAGAUUCCCUGGCCAAAUCACGUACGCGACCACCUAGGAAUCUACAGCAUUUGGGGAUUUCGUCACGUGCAUGAUAUGGCUCUCACUAUGCACUUUACAAAACCACUGGUUGUCGACGAUAUUUGGCUGGCGAUGGUGCAGCGUAAGCUCAAUCUCACAUUCACCCAGCUGGAUGGGAUGUUCAUUUUCAAGGUGCCAUUCGUAAGCGCCUCAUGUGAUUAUGUCUUAUUUGCACCUGUCCAAGAAUUUCUAAGUCGUCACUGUACGCUAUAA